AUGCCCUGGCCUCAUCAACACAUUAUUCCAGCUCAACUCCAUCUACAACAACUUACCUAUUAUCCUAACAUCAGCUCGCCAAAAAAGGCUCAAAAUCCACCAAUAAUGGCCGCAGCAACAACAAAGCCCCUAAUACGCUUCAGCGCAGUUGUGGUGGCUUGGGCCCAUACGGUUUGCGCACUAUCCGCAUUUCUCGCCGCGUUGGUCAUUGGAUGCGUGUUACAUUACGAGAAGAUCGUCAAAAACGAGCAUUUCGGGUAUCCCGACGAGUGGUUUCCUAGUGUUUCGGCGACAAUCGGUGACAGAUAUCCAGAAAGAUCUAUUUUCCAGAUUAUUAUUGCCUUGACUGCGGGUCCGCGGUUUUUGCUGCUGUUCCUGUCCUAUCUACGUCUUUAUAGACCAACGGGAGUGACGUCAAUCGUCUCUCUGGUCACUGGAUUCAUCAGAACAGUCACAUGUGGAGGCUGGGUGUAUAUAACGUCAUCAGAUGAUCACGAUGCUCACGAUAUCUUCAUGAUCAGCUACAUCGUACUGACAAUCCCUUGGACUGUCACUGUGACUUUGCUAACGUCCGACAAGAAGCUCAGAUCAAAGCGCAAAUACACGGCUCUGGUGUUUUUCGGAAUGCUAGUUCCAUUGGUAUACUUGUUUAUCCAGCACAAGGUGCACAGAGUUGCUGGGGCAUACUCUUACUAUGCAUAUGUCGAAUGGUCGCUAAUCUUCUUAGAUAUCGGAUUUGAUGCCUGGACCAUCGUGGAUUUUAAGGACUUGGUGAUCGAAUUGCUAGGGACAGAGACUGGAAUCGAAUUCAACACCGUCACCGAAAAGCCCCUCGAAAAGCCUCAACUACUGAAACCAGCGUUCAAGCGAAACGCAGCGAAUCAGCUUUCCUAUACCGCAAUUAUUGUGAACACGAUCAACUCGUUUGUGUUCUGGUCAGUUCUGACUGCGCUGUUCGUAUGCGUCUGGUUUUUUCCAUUGUGGGAUAUGGGAAUCUCCGGGUUUGAACUGGUGGUUGCCUCCGUGUUCUCGCCAGUAUUCCUUGUCAUUCCUCAGUUUAGACACAUUCUGGGCCAGUAUCCUCAGGUCUCGCGUCUUGUAUCUGUAUGGGCCGGUAUUGGCUCGUAUAUGGUUGCUGAGCCAUCCACGAGACUGUUGGUGAUUUCGCUGGGUGCGUUUGCCGGCUCCAUAUCUCUGGCCAAUGAGCUCUGGUACUUGCCCAGAGACCUCAUUCCAGGCUACUCUGCCACUUUCAUGGUUGGACUGUUACUUUCCACGAUCGCAAAGUUUGCAUUUUGGACAAACAAUCCUGUCUGGCCCAUUUUGAAUCGUGACACAGGCGGGGCCAACUUUGGUGGUCUUCUUGUGGGUACACUUGCCGCUCUUGCGACUUCGAUUCCAGAGUCUCAUCCUGAAAAACACUCCAGACCUUCCCAGUCUCUGGUGCUUUCAUCUUUGGGGUUUGCGGGUCUUCUAUUCUCGCUGCUGGCUAUGUUGACAGACUCUUCGACCAUCAUUCUUUGGGUCUGGAGUGGCUAUCCAGUUACGGGACCAAUUCCUGUUCCCCACGGCGUCCUGACCAUGCUUGCGAUGGCUGUAGGAACAUUCAUUGGUCUUUUGAAGCCGCGCCUUGUUGCUGGAUGGAAAUUCUUCUCAUUCGGUGCUGUAGGUGCAAUUGUGCUGUAUGAGUUUCACGGCUGGACAGGUUAUGCUGGAGGUUGGUGUUAUGCACUUUGGCUGAGUGCCAUUUCACCCGUGAUAUUUGGCAAUUCUGCCCGUUUCAAUCCGGGACUUGUUUUCGGAUUGGGUUUCUUCUGGUUCAUUCUCAUAGUUCUUGCCCAUGUCUGGAUUGUCGCCUACGCCUUCGUUCCAAUGGGCUGGUUGCUUCGUGAGCGCACCGACAUUGUUCUAGGAACCUCAGUGGUCAUGAUUGCUUGUGGUUUCCGCUCUGCUGAAAAGUAUGUUAUUCCGGAGAUAGAAGCCAAGUCAGAACCAAAGGAAGAGGCUAAAGCUGCUUUAUUUGCGACGUUUAUUUGGAAAAUCUUUAACGUUUUGACGGUGCUUGUCGCACUCUCGUGCAUGAUCGCAGCACAUAGAUUCCCAUUCCACAAGCCACAGCCAUACCAUCCUGAAGAAAAAUUGAUGACAUGUGGAAUCUGGACCAUUCAUUUUGGUCUCGAUAACGACAUGUGGGCCUCUGAACACAGAAUGCGUGACUUGAUCAAGGAUCUCGAGCUGGACGUUGUUGGUUUGCUGGAGUCCGACACCCAGAGAAUCUUGAUGGGAAAUAGGGACCUGACCCAGAGAAUUGGUGAGGAACUUGGGAUGUAUGUUGAUUUUGGCCCUGGUCCAAAUAAACACACCUGGGGCUGUGCUCUUCUCUCCAAGUUUCCUAUCGUGAACUCCACGCAUCAUUUGCUUCCCUCGCCAGUUGGUGAACUUGCGCCGGCGAUCCACGCUACGUUGAAUGUUUACGGCGAAUACGUCGACAUUGUGGUGUUCCACAGUGGUCAGGAAGAGGACGUGGAAGACCGCAGAUUGCAAAGUCUUGGCGUGAGGGAUAUCAUGGGAAGUACCGACAGGCCUACAGUAUUGCUGAGUUAUCUGGUCACAGAACCUUUGCAGGGCAACUACAAUACUUAUGUGAGCGAGGAGAGUGGAAUGCAUGAUAUUGACCCAAGCGAUGACGAUAGAUGGUGUGAGUACAUCCUCUACAAGAAGUUGAAGAGGACUGGAUAUGCUAGGAUCAGUAGAGGCACGAUCACUGAUACGGAGCUCCAGGUUGGAAAGUUCCAGAUUGGGAGUUCCAUCGAUGAAACCUACUCUCAGACUGAGGUUGACGAGGACAAAGUUGCCGAGGGUCUCAGGUUCCCCGCAAUAUUCCAUGGCGAGGGUGUCAGAGAGCAUCACUUCCACGUUUUCAACAGACCCAAGUAUUUUGAGUAG